AUGCUGUCUUUAGCAGCGGAUGCGAUCUUUGCAAAUGCGAAGACGAAUACUGGCGACACGAAAGUCUCAAAAGCAAGUUUGCCUAACGACAAUAUUGUCACUCUUCUCGCUGUCGGCUCGCCAAUUUUACUGAUUUCUUUUGCUCUCGUCUUUUCUCCAAAUCUCGCAACGGAAAAUGGUCUUCGCUGCGCACCAACAAGUCCGAUGAAAAAUCGAUUUUACAUGUACAAUUAUUGCUGGGAAAACUUCAAUCACUACGAGUUGAAUUUCACCGAAGAUGGGCCGGUUGAAGUUGGAGAGCCGAGAUGGAUGAUUCAUCAUAAAGCUUUUCCUUAUGCUUUCUUUCUUUUUGCUUUUAUUCUUGGUAUGCCAGCGAUAAAUUGGGUCCUCGCGUACAGUGAUAAUGUCAAGCGCCAAGCGACUUAUAUCAUGAGUGGUUUGGAAGAAGCCCUCGCUUUGACUCUUUCUUUGAUGAGCGAUUUGGUUCAAGAGAAAAACAGAGAGAAGACUACUGAAAAUGUCAAAGACAGAAUGAAUGCCAUGUUGGAGAAAAACUACUCGGAAGAAAUCGACAUCAAAUUCAAGGCUUUCAAGAAAUAUUUGCAGAAGAAAAAUUCUAGCACGAAACUCGCCAGGGCAUUUAUUCAGCGACGGAUCUUUACCCUUGUGCUUUUGAUCCUCGUCGGGAUUUUCAUGUACGAGAUUUAUUAUUUGGACAAUCAGGACUUUUUCAACUGCAAAUUGAAGUAUCAGCCGCUUGGAACAGUCGGGGAUGGGGUGGAUUAUGUUAGAUGCUCGAUUGGAGAUGUUUCGACGAGAAGACUUUUGGUGCAAAUAUAUUUGUGCAUUAUUGGAACUUGCUUUGUUGGAAUCUUUUUUAUCACGAUUAAAGAUGCUGUCAAUGCCCAUCGAGCCUUCAAACUCCUCGAAAUGAUCCCAAUUAUCGACGAAAAUGAAAUCCACAACUCCGCCAAUUUCUUCGGUCUGCGAGACAUUCACAUUCUUCUUUUCCUUGCCAAGUCAAAUUUCUCCGAAAACGAGCUGUUCAAGACCUGCCACCGAGCAUAUGAAAUGUCGAAAAUGACGAAUAUUCCUUACGAAAACAUGAUCGAAACGAUCGUUUCCUGGGGCGAAGAAGACGAGGCUGAUAAGGACGCUGCUGAAGUUCUUGAAUCUCUUCAGUAA